AGUGAGCAUUGUGUCCCUACUCUUUCCCAUUCUCAAAAACCCAUUUUCCCUAAAUCCACUUUCAACACUCCUCACUUCCUCACUUCUCUUCCUUUCUUUCUUUCGCCGCAGCAGCAUAAGUUUUUUGGAUCUUUUAUCUGAUGGAGCUCAAAGAUGAUGUCUCAGCUUCAGUAGCAAACCGGAAGAGAAAAUCACAAGAAAUAGACAACAGCUCCAUUUUCAGCGGCUUCCCAAUGGAAGACCUUAACCAAGACGUUCUCGAAAGGGUCCUUUCAUGGCUACCGACCUCCACAUUUUUCCGUCUGACUUCAGUCUGCAAGAGAUGGAAAUCUGUCGCGGAUUCCGCGAGCUUCAGGCUCGCCUGCGCCGCCGUUCCCUCGCGGGAUCCGUGGUUCUUCAUGGUCGAUCCCAAUCUCAGCAGAAUGGUGGUCUUUGACUCCGCUGAAAGGAACUGGAAGAGGCUCAAUCGCCCAACUCUCCUCCACGAAACCCCCAAUCACAACACCAUGCCCGUCGCAGCCUCCGGCGGGCUGAUCUGUUUCCGCAAUUUGCGCGGAAACUUCAUCGUAUGCAAUCCCGUCACAGGAUCAUGUAGUGAAGUUUCUUCUCUUGAUCCGUCCGUACAGAAUCUCCCUCUUCAUGCUAUUGUUAUGAAAGCCUAUUCAAGCCUCCAUUGUAGCUCUCAUUAUAAGCUGACCUUAGUUUUCGGUGAGAUUCCAAACCUCUCAUUCAGAGUCUACAAUUCCAAUACUAAUUGCUGGGAAGAAGAGACGGCAUUGAGCAGAAAUGUUGUUGACAAUAAUCGUUUAGAAUUCGAUUCGAAUGACGACAAUGCCGUGUACUUCCUCAGUAAAGCCGGGAAUGUAGUUGCUACCAAUAUGCAGAGAAGCCCAUUUAAGCAGUACUCAUCAGUGAUAACCAGCGGCAAAGAUGGGGAGGAGCUUGUGUAUUUUUUAAGCUCCACAGGGAGGGUUGUGGCCUGCAAUCUCACCCGCAAGAGCUUUACCGAGUACCCGAGGCUGCUGCCCGUGUUCUCCGAGUACUCCAUCGAUGUGGUGGAGUGUGGAGGGAGGGUGCUAGUUGUGCUGCUGUCGGAGUUCUUCGAAAGCGCUAGCCUGCGCGUGUGGUGGUACGACGAGGAUUCGAGGGCGUGGCGCCAAAUCGCGGCAAUGCCACCGGCGAUGUCGCAUGAAUGGUAUGGCAAGAAGGUGGAUAUAAACUGUGUUGGGGCUGGAGACCAGAUUUUAAUCUGCUUAAACUCUGCGGAGCUCUUCAGCUAUGUUUUGUGUGAUUUGGUGGCCAAUGAGUGGACUGAAUUGCCCAAAUGUUGUGAAGAUGGGAAAGCCGUGGAGUUCAUGUCUGCAUUCUCGUUUGAGCCAAGGAUUGAAGCUUCUGUUUGAGAAGUAGAAAAUGAUUUCAAGAUUAAUGAUUUAGAAUUAGAUGUCUCAGCUCCUUUUUUUUUUUUUUUUCCCCUUGCAUUGUUUUUUUCAGUUGAUAUUCUUUUUAACAUAUGUUUGAUUGUCUUAUUUGGAUUGUUUGAAGCAAAAAGUUGCCAAUUGAAAUUGGCAUGUAGUUUAACUGAUUUUAGUGAGACUGAUUGUUGACAUGUUGGAAGUCGGAACAGAGUUUUGUUCUUUCCCAUUGUCUAUCUGUAAUGAGUUUGUUUCUUAUUGAAAAAAAAAAAAAAAAAAAAAAAAAAAAAAAAAAAAAAACACCGUGAGGAUUGUUAUACCUUACUUCUUUUCCGUGGGUAGGAAAGAUAGAAUGUUAAAUAUAUACAGUACAAGACAGAUUACAAUAA